AUGGCGAACCCACGAUUCGAGACAGAGAUGUACACAGCGGACAAAUACGUGGAAAGCGCCGGCACCGUUCUAUUCAAACUCUCGACUCGCGAAGUCUGUAUCCUCCACCAGCUCUUCCGUGAGGAAUACAUCCUCCCCAAGGGCCGUCGCAACCUGAACGAGUCCCGCCAAGCCACUGCGAUUCGCGAAACCACCGAAAAGACCGGAAUAUCUUGCCGCUUGUUGCCUGUCAACUUGGUUUCACGCGUGCGCCCCACCGCCGAAAAUGAGGAUCUACCGGACAAGGCAGCACGCUUGUUCAAAGGUUCCUGUGAGCCCAUCAUGCUGCGCACGCGAUGUAUCCGGGAAGGUGAAAUUAAAUUGAUUUGGUGGUUCGUGGCUGCUGUUAAUGAGGGUGAGCCUAUUAGCUUCCUCGAGGAGUACAAACUCGAUGUGGAAUUCCACAGUUAUGAUACUGUUUUGAGGGAACUCACGUUCAAGGAUGAUCGCGAUCUGGUUGAGAAGGCAAUCAAGCUUGUUGAGUCCUCGGUCGAUAGCCAAUGA